AUGACGAGGACAAUCCCCACUCUCACCGAUUACUACCAGAUCCUCAGCAUCCCCUUCACAACCUCAUCGGCCACCCUGUCGAAGCAGCAGAUCAAACUCGCGUAUCACAAGGCCCUCCUCAAACACCACCCCGACAAAGCAGGCGCCGUCGCACAGGAUGCAGGAAUAAACGGAGCAGACUCCCGCAACGGGGUCUUCUCGCGAUCGGGCGAUCAAGCUGCGGGCCAGCGGGCGUAUACCAUUGAUGAGAUCACCACCGCGUACAAGACGCUGAGUGACCCGGCGCUGCGCGCAGAAUAUGACCGCACCCUGCGACUGGACCGGUUGAAGGUCGCGGAGCGGGAAAAGACUGGCGACGUCUUUCAUACUGGGCUGGAGAUUGUGGAUCUGGAGGAUCUUGAGUGUGAUGAGGAUGGCGAGCGCGGGGCCUGCUGGUACCGUGGCUGUCGGUGUGGUGAUGAGAGAGGAUUUCUGGUGACGGAGGAUGAUCUCGAGAGGGAGGCAGAUCAUGGUGAGAUCGUUAUUGGAUGUCGUGGGUGCAGUCUUUGGCUGAAGGUGCUUUUCGCCGUUGAGGAUGAUGGAUGA